AUGGACGGGAACAACUGGGAAAAUCUACCUGAGCACAUUUUGGUGAGGAUAUAUUCAUUUCUUAGUCUAUCCGAGAGAUUAACGGCUUCUAUAACCUGUAAACAGUGGUGUGAAAUAUGUUUCAGUUCCCCACUACUGUGGCAGACAUUCCAAUUCAAAUUCUUUGAUUCAAAGGAGUUCAAAUACAGCAAAUUCUUGGAGAACCAUGGACGACACUUAAGAAACGUGGAAAUUCACUGCCAUCAAGAGGAUAAAAUCAACAGGGAAAGCGCAUGCACACUUAUUCGUGAGUUAAGCACCUUGAAAGUGCGACGACUCGAGAAGUUUACUAUCAAGUUUCUCGGCGAGAACCCUUUGUUCUACGCUGGUCAUGAAUUCGUCGACUGUUUGCGAGAUCUGUUCGACAAACCCAAAAGCGAUUGCGAAAUUCAAUUACCUUUGAAAUAUGUGGAUCUAAGUAAACUACCGGUCGCCUACAGUGAUGAUUUAAUUAACCUUCUGGCAGAAAACAGUCCUGAUUUACAAUCGCUGAAUAUUCAGAACGCUGCGCUUGUUUGCAAAGUGUCUUCCGGUUGCAUAGAAAAUGUCGUUAACAAGUGCCGGAAGUUGAGGUAUCUUGCUCUUCAUCACACAAGUGUGAACGAGGAGAUCAUGAUGUCGUUAACUGAAGGUGGCAGAGCUCACCUUGAACACCUUUCUAUUGACUGCCGACGAGAAGAAAAAUUUGGAAAGGACAUAACAUCUGAAAUAUGGGAAAACGUUCGGCGGAAAAUUCCAAGCCUUCGUGUCACGCUAGCUUUCGACACCUCUUGUCCAAUGUUUAAAGUGGACGCAAUUCUGAAACCAGAAAUACCAGUGCAGAACCUGAGGCUAGAGGUGAUGUCAAGAGUUGUUGCUCAAAUUUAUUUUGCGGCUGAGAACUACAGUCAAACAUUGGAAAAACUGUCGAUAAGUACCACGGGCAGUAAGGAACUGGAAAAUGCCCUGAUAUAUCUUGUCUCAAAAUGUCGCAAACUAAGUGAACUUCAUGUCUUCCAGUGUUAUAUUUCUCAAGAGACAAAACAAAAGCUAUUUCAACUAUGCCCACAGAUGAAAAAAUGUUUUAUGAGAGUACUGUAA